GAGACGAAAAGGUUGAACCUCACAGGAAGUACCGGAAGUAGUAAUGACUAAUAGAUCUAUUUCCUUCUGAGUGACCCAAAACACUGUAGUAGACUAUUAGGCUAGGUUGGCCGGAACAAGUUUUUCCUUUUCUAAGAUCUACACCUGCUGCUUAGAAAUUCACCAUGGCUAACACUGUGUGCACGAAUGUAGCCAAAAGCCUUAUGGUUUGGACCGGCGUUUGCUAUCUGAUGUCAGCCGGAGGUUUGUCCUACAUUGGAAUUUGGGUCUUCAGCACAUAUGACCACUUCGAUGAGAUUGCAGAUGCGACCUUAACCUUGCUGCCUGCCAGCAUCAUUUUGGGUGUCAGCGUAUUCAUGUGCAUUAUUGGAAUCUUGGCUUGCAUUGCUGCUUUCAAGAAUAACAAGCUGUUGCUGUCUGUGUUUUUCUGUCUGAUUCUGGUGGUUUUGAUUGGAGAAGUUCUGGCAGGAGUGCUGGGUUACGUGUACAGGAGUAAGGUGGAGGAUGUCCUAGAGGAUGACCUGAAGGACGCUGUGGACAAUUACAACGUGACUGUGUACAAGGAGCAGAUUGACUACAUGCAGCAGGAGUUCAAAUGCUGCGGAGUGAACAAUGCGACUGACUGGCUGAACUCUGCCUACUGGAAGGUCAACCACACGGAUACAGUUCCUGCUUCAUGUUGCCUUCACCCACUGCCGGCCAAUGUUACCACUUGCAAUACCAACGUCACCGCACAGUCGCCAGACAUUUAUUACGAGGGCUGUAUUGUAAAACUGAAGGAUGAAUUCAGACUCAACCUCAUCUACAUUGCUGGUGCAGUGGUCUUCCUGGCCGUUGUUCAGCUUCUGGCUUUGAUCAGCACUUGCAUUUUGGUUUGCCGCACACGGGAACAAAACGCUUACCAGACACUGGGUGAGAGUAUUGGAGGAGGGCUGCGUGUGUAAAGAGCGUCCAACGUGUGUGGGAGAGACAGGCGGUGGAGAGGCUUGGAGGCAGUCAGUGUCAGUGUGGCUCGCAGAGUUGUGUGGAGUUGGCUGAUGAGGUUGGGACUGGAUGGACGACGAUUGGAAUUUUUAUUUAUACGAGAUACUUUUGGCAUUUCGGUGAAAUCAGGCGCUUUUCGAAAUGACAAAGUCUAAGAAAUAACUGCCCGUUUGGCAACAUUUUUAUUAAUUGGGGUGGGGGAAGGGGGUACUCAACGUCUUUGUUACUUUACUAUCCAUAUAAAAACACAUUUCUGUGUGGAUUUUUACUGAAAACCAUCAUGAAGUAAGAGCUAAAAAAAAAA